GUCAAACCUUUUCGUGUUCUUUUUUCUGUCAGCCGCUCGCAAUCUCCAGAAGAAAGAAACCCUCCGUUCUCUCGAAUCCGCCGCUCGCAAGCUCUCUUCUUCUUCUUCCUCAGUCUCACCGAGCCUGAAACCUCGAUCAUUCGUUCCUUUGCGGUCCUCUAGAAACAACCCCGUCGUCUUCCUCUCCGAUCCAUUCCUUCGUCGCCCUUUGGUCUUCCUCUCUAAGCUCCAAAAACCCAGCGCCCAUUCCUUCUUCGCCCCUCCAGAAACCGCGCAGCGUGGUUAGUUUGCUUGGUUUGAUUUUAUUGAUGUUACUGCUAGUUUGAGGCCAUUGAGAACUUGUAAGUUUGAAGUAGAGUUGAUUGGUUUAAGCUUGAUUUUAUUAAUGUUGCUGAUUUUGUAGAUGAUCAUCAUUGUAAGUUUACGCUCUCCACAACUGUAUAGUCCCUCUUUCAUUCUAUAAAAACCAACGACCCCUUUUAGAAAGCCGCUAUGUUCCCAAGUUCCCGCCGGCUCUGCCACUACUCACUUCAAUGCGCACAGCUGAAAACCCACAACCCAUUUCUCGAUUCGUGUAGAUUCCGCCAUUUCAACACAAAGUCAGCUACUUUACCACCAAAACCCCCCCACAGUACCCCCACAGUGGCAAUUUUCUGGGAUUUGGAUAACAAGCCCCCAAACUCGAUUCCUCCAUUUGAGGCAGCCAUGAAGCUCAAAAGGGCAGCAUCCUCAUUCGGGGUAGUUCAACACACGGUGGCUUACGCCAAUCGACACGCCUUUAGUUAUGUGCCACAAGCUGUGAGAGAGCAGAGGAAGGAUAGGAAGUUGCUGAACCAGUUAGAAAACAAGGGCGUCAUUAAGCCAGUAGAACCCUAUGUCUGCAAGGUUUGCGGGAGAAAGUUCUACAACAACGAGAAGAUGGUCAAUCACUUCAAACAGAUCCACGAGAGGGAGCAUCAGAAGAGAGUGAACCAGAUCGAAUCGGCUCGAGGGAAGAGGAGGGUGAAUUUGGUUGGGAAGUAUGCUAUGAAGAUGCAGAAGUACAGGAAUGCUUCGAGGGAUGUUUUGACUCCGAAAACUGGGUAUGGGUUGGCAGAUGAACUGAAAAGAGCAGGGUUUUGGGUUGGGACUGUUUCAAACAAACCACAGGCAGCUGAUGUGGCGUUGAAGGAGCAUAUGGUCGAUGUGAUGGACAAGAAGAAGGCCGAGUGUGUUGUUCUUGUCUCAGAUGAUUCGGAUUUCGUUUGUGUAGUUAAGGAGGCGAAGUCAAGGUGUUUGAAGACCGUCGUUGUUGGCAAUUUGGAGCACGGGGCGUUGAAGAGGGUUGCUGAUGCAGGGUUUUCUUGGCAGGAGGUUUUGAUGGGGAAGGCUAAGAAGGAAGCCAUCUCAGUUGUGGAGAAAUGGAGCGACCGUGAGAUUUUGGAGAGGUUGGAGUGGAGGUUUGAUCCGGAGAAGGAGAGAGACGCUUAUGCUGCUGUGGAUGCAUUCUACAAUGAGACUGCAAGCGAUGGAGAAUUUGAUGAUGAUAGUGUCUUUGGUGGAGGUUAUGAAAUGGGUGGUGGUGUUGUGGAGAGGGAAGAUUCUGGUUCUUGGUGGGAGCUGGAUUUUGAAGUUGAUUAAGCAAUGCUACAUCUAUCCGUUGAUCAUUUUGGGGGUUUCUUUUGGUUUUUAAUUUUUUGUCCUAUUUUCCCUUAAUUGGUAGUCCGUACUUGUACUUUCUGGUAUCUCAAAUGUGAAUCUAAUUGUAUUAACGCCUUUGUUAAAAACUCUGGCUCUUUUUUUAAGAUCUGGAAAUUAUUUACUUUGCGGGAUUGGUCUUAUUAUUAUUUCUUGAACAGUUUCCCUUUUAUGGAAGUUGGUUGCAUGCAAAUGACUAUUCCUGUUCUUAGUUCCAAGUGUGCAACCGUAGAUAGUCGAAGUACUAUGUUGUUCUUGGCAUGGUUUUGAUAUGCUUAGUAAAUGGUGUUGUUGUGC